AUGGGCGAGAGGGCUGCGACGCCGUGGGUAAAAUUCGGAGACAGUGGCAAUAGGCUGCAGGCCACGUGGAGCUCGCCAGACAAGGGUCUGGGAGGAUUUUGGGAGGAGCUUGAGAAGGCCGAGUCCGCCAGUGAUAUCUUGAAAUCCUCCAGUGUGAAAAUUCGGAAGCGCUCACUCCGGUCCGCAGAGCGGAACAUCCUCAACGAUGUCGGAAUCAAGGACGAUACAAGUCAACAGGAUGUCCAUGUGGAUUCCAAGGAACUCUUGUCACAAAAGUCGACCGAGUCAGAGAAACAGCAGCGCGGAUUGCUCGGAGGCGCCCUGGACGCCUUGGCUCGUGAACCAACAAGACUUGGCACCGAAGCUGUGGCGAUAUCGGGAAGCCAUUCUUGA